UGGAGAUGGGGGAGGGCGCGGGAGUAACCACUACUACCAACACCAACCCGCUAGCGGAGAAAACCAGGCUGAGGCUGAGGCCGAGGCGCCUUUUGUUCGGUUGUGCAUGGGGGUUGGCGUUGGCCUCGGCUGCGCGCUCCCUCCCUCCCACCCACGGGCUGCCCAGACACUUGAGAGAGAGAAACAGGCGAGCUGAGCGGUGAGAAGGGGCGCCGGACCUCUGACAACCGCCGCUGCGCUUGGCUUGACCGGACCCGAGCCAGCCUGGCUCGUCCGGCGGGGAGAACAGGAACAGGGCCCCAGCCCCAGCCCGGCCGCCUCCCACAAUGGAGAGCAAUCACAUGUCCGGCUGCGCCCAUUGUCUGCGAGCCUUCAACGAUCUGCCCUGACAGCCGUUCCUGAACGCAUCCCGACUCCCUUCUCUCUUUAUCAGGCAAGCACCACAAAUAAAAUCCCGCUGCAGAAUCGGUCCAUGUGAAGUUGGCCGCCGCGAAAACGGCGCAUUAAACCCCCCAUUUAUUCCUCCGCCGCUUUAUUAAUAUAAAUGGGAGUUGUUGCUGCUUCCCUUCCAGGAUGUCCUUGCCGAGCCGAGUGUGGAGAGGACGCCUAAGCACCGACUCGGUGAUGGCUGACGGCGGCCAGGAGCUGCCGGGCUGCUCUCGCCCUCCUUUCUGCUCCAUGGCCGUGCAUUGAUUGAGGCGUCGCUGCGAACUGCAGGCUACUCAACGGAUUGCAAGCGCAGACCUCUCUAGUUUAAUAACACGCGCGCACACACUCACACUCACACACUCACCGCCAUGGACGGAACAGAAACUGAUGCCGUCGCCCCCCGUCAUCUUCAGCUUGAAGACAGUGAGGUGAUGAAGUCUCCACCAUCCUGCCUCAAGUCCGGCAACGUCAAGGUCUAUCUCAAAAAGUGGAGCAUCUGGGACAAAUUUUACAACUUGGGGACCGAGAUGAGAAUGUCCAAAAGGGGCAGGUUUAUGUUUCCAUACUGUGAAUAUUCCAUCUCUGGGCUGGAUCCUGAGAAAAACUACAUCAUGGCAAUGGACAUCUCUCCAGUGGACAACUAUCGCUAUAGGUACAAUGGAUGCAAAUGGCAGAUAAAUGGGAAAGCAACGCCACAUGUGAUGGGGAGGCUUUAUUUCCAUCCAAAUGGCAGUGUUUCUGGAAAAGAGUGGAUGGUAAGGCCAUUGUCUUUUGCCAAACUCAGAUUAACCAAUUGCCCUACUGCAGCCGAAGGCAGUGCAAUCCUUCAUUCAAUGCAUCGAUAUAUACCCCAAUUACACAUUAUUGUGGCUGAUGGAAUCAUUGAGAAGCUGAACCUGAAUGAUCCUCGUGUCUACACGUUUGUCUUUCAACAAACUGAGUUUUUUGCUGUGACUAAGUAUGAGAAUAAGUUUAUCAGGCAGCUAAAACACUUCUAUAAUCCUUACGGCACUGCAUUUCGUGACAUGAAGAUCUCCAAACAGGAUGUUGCAAAUAGCCGAAGACCUCGGAGGCGAUGUGAAAAGAAGCCCUUCUUUGAUGUAGUUGAAAUACAUGGCACCACAAAUGAUCAAGAGUCACAGCAGAAACUGAAGGCAAUUAUUCCCUUAAAGGAUGGAGCAGGAAAAAUCCAGGAAUCUACAAAUAAUGAAGAACCUUUGAAACAAAUGAGAACAAUUAUGCGUGCAGAAAAUGACUUGCAAAUAAAACAGUUAUUCAGUUUUGAAGAUCCUCAGGACCAGACUGGAGAGAUUGAAAAGCUUGAAGAGAAACUACGGGAAGAGCUGAGAUGGAAUGGAUCGCACGAAAUACUACAUCCAGUGCUACAGCAAUCUGGCGUAAAGCUAAGUGGCCUUCACCCCACCGAAUGGUUAAACUUGAAACAUUUGGGACCAGCUUUGACCCAUGAGCAUUCUGUUCCCAGUUCCGAGCAGAAUGUUGAAUCGAGUUAUUCUUCUAUUACUGGAUCUGAGACACAUACGAUUCGAGAAACCGGGAUUCCCUUUAUUUCCCGGACAGGAAAAACAAAUGACCUCACCAAGAUUAAAGGCUGGAAGAACAAGUUUAAUCUGCAGCCUGGGUCACCUGAUGACAAACCAAAUCCAUUACCUACAAGUGCCACCACUACAGUUCUUAAAAAUAGAUCAGCAUUUGUUAGCGAUCUGCUGGAUGAAUAUUUGGAGAAAGAAGGAAAGAUUAUCGAGCAGCAAUCUCUACUGUACGACUAUGAUAUGCCUGAAAUUGGUUGUGGUACUCCUAACCUGUUCGAUUCACCAUGCAAUAUUCAACAAAACACUAGCAUCCAUUCACCUGACUCUGUUGUGCCCCCAAAAAUUAAAUCUUCACCAUUGGAUAUGUCACCUGUCUUGGAGAAACACUUCAGCGUUACAAACAAAGGGAUAUUUAUCAGAGAUAUUCAAAGCAACAGCAUGAAUAGGAAGGCAAGGAGGAGAAAGCAGAACAGCAAUUCUGCGACUAAAAGGUCGAAAAUAUCCACUAAAUAUAAGAAUGCGUCGCGAUUAUCGAAUAAAAGUAGCCAGACUGGAUUUCAUGCUACAUCCCAACAAAAGAAAAAAUUGAAAACAAGUUCUACGAACCUUAAGGUUGUGCGUGUGGCAUCAGGUUCUAAAGGUGGAAAGAAAUCUGGUGGUUCAGGAAGACAUAAUGAAGCAGUGUACAUUUCAGAUUAUAAAAAUGGUGAAGAGCUAGAAGAAAGAUGUAAGCAGCUACCAGCGACAACAAACAGAUCAUCUGACUCUAAAACUAUUGAAAUAAUAUCCUACUGUUCAUGGAAUGAGAGUCGUGUUAAAAUUAUUAAGCUGAUUGCAGAGUGUGCUAUGGCUAAUAGACUUCCCUGUACACAGCGGCUAGACAAGUAUGAAAUCCAUUUGGAGAAAAGAGAAGGCACUUCGCUGUUUUCCCCUAAAAAGAGUGUCGAUUUAAGAGCAACCAUCCAGAAUUUCUCUGACUCUGAGGGCGUCUUUGACAAGCCAAUGAUGCAAACCAUGGUGAUCGAAGCCGUGGUUGGCAACUCUGCUUUUAAAGCAAAACUGAGUCAUUUAAUAUCCAAGGCUUCCAAGAAUGGUUCCAACCCACCACCUGUCAAACAGAUCAGUUCCCCAGUCCAUGUUGUAAUGGAUUUAGAAAAGAUCGUAUCGUCACCUGAAAAGUCCCAGAGUGGCACUACUACCGAUAGACUGACUACAGAAGAUCCAGCUCAGUCUCCUCCCAUGUUGAUUGCCCAGCAAAAGGAACAAGAUGUCUUUAUGUCAACCACUGACACUACAGUGAAAAGUGUUACCAACGCCCCCUCUUCCAUUAAAUCUGCUGUCACUACAUUCCGGAAGAGUGGGGCUUUGAGUACAUUGGUGACCAGUACAACUCCAAUACCUACUUCAAGCUGCUUUGUGAAUCCCAUUGCAUCACAGAACAAAACUGAAACCUCUUCUGCUCCAACUCGUUACCUGUUGUGUAAAACAAAAUAUUCUGGAUUGCCUUUAGGACCAACUGACUCUCUUGAUCAAGAUGGUCGACGGUACUGUGUCACCGUCCCAAGCACUUUGAAGCUACCGCCGGGAGACAGUCUAAUACUUCAUCCUGUUAAGUCUUUAGAUGGACGACAAUUAUACAAACACUCCAGUGGGAAAGUUUUCCAACUGGUUUACAGAAAAACUGCAGGACAGAUCCCUGUAAAAAAAUUUGACAGCCCUCAGUCACCUGUUCAAGAAACCCCACCUUCUGCUGCUGCUUUGGAAAGUGAUGAUGUCACUCCUGAUUGCACAACAGCUGCUACGAGUUCAGAAUCAGAUACCAAACAUAGUCCGUCAGAGAUGAACGCCAGGACAGGCUUUUACACCUCUGAAUCUCUUCAUGAUGCUGUUGCCUGUGAUCCAAUAACACCACCACUUCAGAGCAGUUCGACAACUUGGAAAUUGGUGGAUGAAGUUUCCCCACCCCAAUCGAGGCAUUUCUUCCCAGAAACCACCCCAACAGAGGUCAGACGGCUCAACAGGCCAUAUGCUAUCAUUCCUUCAGCUGAUUGCCAAUCCAAACCAAAUACUGAUGAAUUAAGCAAUGAUGUACUUGACAUAAAAACAGAAAUGGGUCCAGUGAAAUCUCCCGAGCCUGAAGAAUACAAUGAAAUCACUGGUAAUGUCAGGGCCUUUCCUGUGAAAGGUAGAGGGUUUGCUGUCACUGAAGCUUAUGAAACUCAGUGGGUGCCAGCAAACAGAUUUGAAGAGUAUCACAAAAGGACUGAUCUCACACAGUUUGAUGUACACAACCCUAGAGAAGCAUUUGUUGAGAGGGGAGUAUCGGAAAUCAAUACCUGUGAGCUGGUUGAUUCUGAUAGUUCUGAAGUAUGCACUAUGAGAGUAAAGGAGGAACCUUUGAAUGAUGAAGAAAAUGAUAGUUUUACUACAUUAAGAGAUGAUGCAUUUAGAAGCUCCAAGUUGUGGAACCAGUCAUUCAAUUUGAACACAGAAGCUGUGACUGAAGCAGAAUUAGGUGUACAGACUCAUUCGAAUACUAGAGGUCGAAUUGGAUUUGGAAAUUCGUUAACUGACCAUAUGCCUGAUGUGCCUCACAGGGGAUUUUUCCAGAGUCCGCAAUCAAUCACCCACUCCACUCGAAGAAAGGCAUUUCAGCCCUCUGAGCUGUGUGAAGCUCGAAAGAAGGCAAUAUUGCAUAACCUGAGAGAACGCGAGUCCCGCAAGAUGAUGGAAAAUCGUUUUAAAAUACUGAAGAACAACCUUUUUGAUGACAGGCAAAUGGCUUCAAAGGGUGCUAUCCUUGAUGAGGCCAUUGAUGUAAUCACUAACUUGGAUAAACAGUUUAAAAAUCUAACAAUGGAGAAGGAACUCCUUCUGGGGAAACAAAAGAUUCUGUUAGAGAAGCUUUCCCUCUUAUCUGAAAUUGAACCAACUAUAACACAAGGCGGCGUUGAAGAUGGUGAAAUAAUCGAAUCUGGAGAUACUUUGAAUUUCUCAAGGGAGAGAGACUCUUCUCAGAAUUCCUUUGGAAUGAAAUGGUAUUCAGAACGUAGUCCUUUGGAAGGCGUGCCUGAUCACAGGGCAGAAACUGGAGUGACUAUGAAUUAUGAGAGUAAUUCAGCCAAUUCUGAUGAUAUAGUUGCUGUUAAAGUUGGCGACUACUUAAGUGAGAAGUGUAACAAUCAGCUAGACUAUCCUGAUGGGACUGGCACCUUUCCAGUGAAAGAAGAGAAUAUUAAUGAUGAUGAAUGCCCUGCCUUUGAUUCUCCAAAGGAACAUUGUUUUGGAAGCUCCAGGUUCUGUAGCUUUUCAGAUUUCAGCACUGAUAUGGAAGCAUUGAAUAAACUCAACGUGGAUGCACAGGGGUGUGGUGAACCAAAGUUUGAUUGGACAGCCAGGGGGAAUGGAACAUGUCAUACACUGGAAGAAAAAGAAUCACGCACUUUGAUGGAAGAUCGGUUUAAAUUAUUGGAGAGCACAGUUUUUAAUGACAAAAAGGCCCCAAAAGGAGCCAUUCUCCUCAAGGCCAUUAAUGUAAUCAGCGACUUAGAUAUACAAUCAGAUCAACUCUCCAUGGAAAAGGAACUGUUAAUGAAAAAGCAGAGUAAAUUGCUAGCGGAAAUUUCACAUCUUUCAAGUUUGAGAUCUGAAGUACUUCAGGAACAGACAGAUGAUGGACAUUUCAGUGCAAAGGGAACCUCUGACGUACAGGCAUUAACCUUUCAGAAACCUUCUGAUACUCAGUGGCUUAAAAACAGUGAUCCUUCUGAAGCUGUGGUAAUAAACGAUAGCAUGUCAGAACGUCAGAGUGAUAAAGGAAUUCAAUGGGAGCAAGAUGAAGUGAAGGUCAGCAGCUUAAAUACCGUCAAGAUGGAAGGAAACACCAAAGAGAGUCACCAAGAAGUUAUGAGCACUGAUUGUUAUGACCUCUCUUCAAUAAGACAAAAGGCUUGUAAUGGUCAAGAUGAAGAUGCCUUCUUCUCUGUAGGGAAAGCAUCGUCUAUUGGCAGCUCUGAUUUUGGCAGUCAUUCUGAUUUCGACUUAAAUAUGGAUGAAGUAAAUGAAAUUGAUGUGGAAAUAUUGACUCAUUCAGAGAGUGAAAAUGUGGAUUUUGAGAUGGAGGAUGAUGAAGUAAAUUAUGACCUCUCAGUGUGUGAGAAAUUAUGUGCACCUCCCAGGUGGCAUUUUCAUAAUUAUUCACAAUCGCACAAGGUUCCACGCAAGAAAAGGCGGAUUAUAAAGACACGAAAUUCUGCAGAUGCUGGACAUCCAUUGCAACACACACAAAAUGCUGGAGGAGCUCGGCAGUUUAUUUUAAAGAGCGGCAUUGUGUCUGACCUACGGAAGACUAGGAAGAAUCCACUGCUGCACACCCUGAGAGAGCGAGAAUGGCGCAAGCAGAUGCAGAAACGUUUCAACGAGCUGAGGGAGCUGCUGUUUCAGGAUGAGAGAGUUUCAAAGCGUGCCAUCCUCAUUGAGAGCAUCAACGAAAUCCAUAAUUUGUGUCAACAAAGCCGCAAACUGUGUAUGGAGAAGAAGCUGCUGAUGAAAAAGCACAAGGCAUUGUUGAAAAUAAUUUCAGUCCUCUCAGCUGAGAAGAAAGUUAAGAAUCAGAAAAGUAGUGAGAAGAAUCCUCAGGACUGUGAACAUAAUGGAGCCACUGUUUCUACAGGACAGCCUCUGUCAUCUGCUGCAAAGGAGAGUAGUGAAGAAUCAGCACUCGUACCAAUAGCUGGAACUCCUUUUCAUCUUCUCCGUGAGAAAAUUGCAGUUCCUUCUCAUGGUGAAGAGCUUGGAAGUAUCAGUCCUGUUGAACAACCAGAAGGUCGUGGCACCAAACAACUGAUGUCAGAGAGUGCUUUGAUAUGCCAUCAAGAGGAGACUCGUUUAACUUUUCCAGAGGAUUACACGCAUAAGUCAUCAGCCCAAUCGAGAGAGGAAGUGGUCAUACAGAGGCAAGUGUUAAGAUCCGGACAAGUUUCUGAUGUGGUACCGAGAGCUGCAGAUGUAGCAUCCAAGAAUCGUAAGACUGCGAAUGAUGAAGAGCGUGUGAACUCAUUGAGCCAGAAGUUCAAAGCGACAACAGAGUUGGUGCCACUAAAUGAAAGUCAACUCGAAAAGCAUACACAAGGUCCUUUGUUUUGGUCAAUGUCACCAAGCCAUGGCAGUACGGCAGUCCCUCUGACAAAAGAUCAGUCAGAUCCAAGAUUAGCAGGAAAAGGGAAGUUACAGGUAAUCAGAUCAACAAAGGGACAGGAUAUUCUUCAAAAACUGGCCAAGAAAGUGCAGGAGGCAGCAAUUAAACCGUGGGUAUGGAAAUCAAAGCGAGAAGAUUCAGAGAAUGUUCCACAAACAUUGUUUGAAAGUGGUAGCAAGUUAAUCCAGUGUUUCCAAAAGGCUUCCACCGUCUCUGACAGUGAAUCUCCCAUCGCUCCAUUUGAAUAUACAGAUACAACAAAGGUCUUUGAGGAAGGUAAAAGCUUGCAUAGACUUCUGCCAGACCAAAUAUUGAAGCAGGGUCCAGCACAGAAUAGAGGAGAACAGGGGCAAAUGGAAUCUGAACUGGACAUGGACUCUGCCUCCUCCAUGGAUUCUACCACAGCAGCACAUGCAGUCAGAGAACCCAAAAUAUUCAUAUCUUCCAUAGAUAUUCAUUCAGCCAAUGAAGCAAAUGCAAAUGGAGGCUACUUGGUCCUGGAUUCCACACAAUAGUAGGAAAAGAUCCAGAAUGAAGUAACUGACCAAAACAAGUGUUACUGUCUUUCUUUCUCUUGCACUCCUGUGCUGAAGAUCUCUCCACGCCUUAAUGGAAGACUGACUGAGUAACCAAUAAACAUGUUUCUUGUUUUGGACAGAGGGGCAGUGACUAGAGACUGUGUUUGCCCAAGGCGAGUUUCUGAAACUAAUAGCAAGGGCUACCUGCACCCUGUGCUGAUGUUGGAUUUGACUUGAUGUUUACACACAACCUUUUUAAAACUGUUCAAGAAAGUCAUGCUAUGCUGCUUUCUUGGCCAAACUAAAGCCCAAGCUCUCCUUAUUCUGCCCUCAUCGAAGAUACUGUCCUGCCAGCAGGAGGGGAGUAGCUCUAUGAGUGGACAGACCUGCAAACCCCACAGCUGUUGAACCUUGUUGCAAUAUUAGUACUUACACAAUAAAGAUGAUUGCUGGAUGCAAAUAUGGGCAGGGAAAUCAAACCACAGUGAAAUUACAAUACCCUAUGUGAAAACUGCAUCCCAAGUGGACUGUCUAGCAAAAUGUUGUAUUUAUGGAGAUACUAACAGCAAAAUCAGUGCUCCUUCCCAUCCCAUGUAGGUUAGUAGUUGAAAUGAAUAUUUAAUGUGCAAAAAUAAACCAUAAGAAUUUUUUUUUAAUGUGAAUGAGGGGGCCCUAAUUCUACAAGUUAUUGAAAAUCUGUAGGAAUGGGGUCAUUUUACACAUCAAACUCUGAACUUCUGGAAGGCGUGACAUCCUGAUUGUUUGUUGUGCAUAAAGCAUUGAGAUAUGGGUUAAAUUUUUCAAGUUUCAAGUGCUCACUAAGCUUACAGGUUGGGAUCUUCCGUUUUUAACAUGGGAACAUAUUGCACAAAAGCAUUCACGAAAGGUUAUUUUUCCCCUUGUGUGGGUGUUACUGUGUACAGCAUUUGCCAAUUGUAUUUGACAUUUCAAAAAAGGUUUUACAAUCUUACACUAAUGUUAAAAUGCCUGAGAGGAUAUCUGUCCUUUUGCAAAUUAGCCAUUUAUGGGCUACACUUGAACGAAGUUAAACAGUUAAAAAUUUCAAAGUUGUAAUUCUUCAGGCUUAUCACUCGCAGCGGCUCUGACCAUGGGGCAGUAUGUGAACAUUGGGUUCAAAUGUACGUGCAUUUGACUACGAGGUGAGUUAUUUUAUUAUAAUUCCAAGUUAGAAGAUUUGAAAAGAUUUCUUCGUGAUUCCAGUGCUGGAUAUUCACUGUCCCCUAGCUGAGAGCUAGUUUAGGCCCUGCUUCCACAUUCUGAACAAACCAAUCCUGGAAUAAACUCCCUAUACAGUAGUCUAGGGGGGAAACCAGGCACUCUUUUGUAAUAUUUGACUGGACCUCUGUGUCAUUCUGGUUAAAUAAACUUAAAUUAAGUCCUAUGGUUGCCUCAUCCAGAAUUAUCUUGUCUGAUCAGAUGUAAGUAAUGCUGUGUUAUUUUAUCCACACCAUCUUCUAUAGGAAGCAGGAGAUCCCUUGUGCUAUUUCCACUGGUAGCUCUGGAUGUGAACAGCAAGUUUAUAAGCUGCUUUUCACUUGGGUGUAUUGGUGCUGUCUCCAUACAGCAUAGGCUUUUUCUCUAACCAAUACUUGGCUGAGGUUACAAUGUUCCUCAUGUGGCCCAGCACUGUAUUGUACUUCAGAGUGUCAGUUUGUACCACAGUUCUUUGUAGGUCAAACAGUUUGCAAAAGUCUGUUUUAAGACAAUUGCCUUAGUGAUGGGCAGAUCUUGAAAGAGAACAUAACAAGUGGCUAGAAAUGGGAACAUGGACUUAAUCCUUUAUACAUGUGCUCUGGGCUUCCAGUCUUUGCAAACAGUAUGCAGCCCAGAAAAUCCACUGGAACAUCUCUGGUUAGGACCAGUUGUUGCUGUAAGUUGUAGGAAACUCCACUCCUUUCUAUGACAUGAUUAUGGGGAGUAUGUGGGAACACAGUGGUGUGAUGUCAGAUUAGAAUGGAUCCUGCAAGUGGUGAAUAGGUGAGAAUACUUAUGCACAUUUUUUGGUACUGUAUAUUUUCACACUGUGCCAUAAUGGAUUUGAAGGGCCACCAAUGUUCUACCUCCUCAUGAUACAGCCUUUCAUUGCCCUGAGGAAAUGUCCUCAGGCACUUUUUUUUAAAACAUUUUAUUUAGUGAUACAGAGUGGAAGAGGCCCUCGCAGCCACAGAGCCCAGCAACCUGUUGCAUAUUUUCAGUGUGUGUGCACAGCCACCUCUGACACUUGUGCUUCAUAUUCUGUUUGAAUGCUUUUGAAAUUUUCUGCCUAAUUUAACAGUGCUUUAAGGUCAGAGGUAUGGCAUUGUUAUGUAUCGUUGAAGAGUUUUUCGUACGGAAGGGAGAUCAAGGCUCUAUGUACUGUUUCUGAAAUUCUGUUGUGUAUGUUAUUUACUCAUCAGGUUGGAAUGUACCUGCAGAAUUCAGCCUGUUGGAUGGGACUAGUAUGUUUGAAGAUGCUGCAUUAAAUAGGUUGAUAACACUACAUUUAUUAAAUCCUAGUCUCCAAUAAUCUCUUGAGUUGAAUGUGUAUAACACUAAGGGUUAGUUGUCCAUAAUAGAUAGAAAAUUAAUACUCACUUCAAUAGCUUGAGCAGAACUUAUCAAUGGAAAUUUGUAGGGCUAAUUAGCAAACUGUACUUACAAAAUAGUUGUUUUUAUUUUAACAGCAUCUAAUCAUUUACUAACCACAGCAGUUGUAAUAGAAUUGGCUUGUAACUUUGGUAAAUGAAGAGGAGACAUUUGUAAGUGUUUCAUGUCCAAUGGGAGGAUGUACUUGUGAUUAAGGUCUGCAGGGAUUUGUAUCUUCCUAUUCCCUGUUCCGAAAGCAAACAUACAGUAAACAGAUUGUAAUUCCAUUCAUACCAGAAUGCAAUAUAUGAAGUAAGAAAAGAUUUUGAUUGAGGGAAAGAUGUAUUUGUUAGAAUAGAAAAAAUAGAAAUCAGAAUUUAAAAACCAACAAUUGCAAGGACCAGGGAUUUCAAAAUAGAAUGAUCCAGGUUAAUGUGUCUGUAAAUUAGCUGAUUGUUACUGGUUGAUUUCUUGCAGUGAGGAAAUUACUGUUAACCAGCACACUACUUAAAUUCAGAUUUCCUGUCAUGAAAAGCUGCAUGCAAAAUUAAUCUGUUGUUAAUCAUUUUAAAGGGUGGGGGACUACUGGUGAGACCAAGUUUACCUGAUCAUUGCUGUUCUGUUUCUCAAUCCAGAUUAAAACCUUUCUUAACUUAGUUUUGAUGGUCAAUCCAAAAAUGGUGGUUGUUCCCCCCCACCACACACACACCCUCACACACCCCCCACCCCCACACUGCACUUUGAUCUCUAUAUAUUUGGAAGAUAGGAUGAGGAGACACCACAGGGACAGCUUGUCAGUCCCUACUUGAACAUGAGGUGAAUCUGGUGAAACUCAGGGUAAAUGUGAAAUGCUGUUUGUUCUCUUGCGCAGGUGUAAGAAUGAGAAGCCCGUUUGAUGCCACAGGCGAUGAACUCUCCUGAGGCAAAGCCAGUUUACAGCACCUCUGCAUGCCUCACAACAGCUCACAUAUCCAUUCCCCGUGUGGGAAAAGUUUCUUUUAAUUCCCUUUUGACCUAUAGCCUUCCAAACCUUUGCUGUUUCCUCUGUUCAUGCAGCUAGCGCCUCUGUUCUUUUCCAUUUCCAUUUCAAUUAAACCUUGCUGCAGUUUACAGAAACGGUGAAGAUUGGAAAAUUACAGUUUGAGAAAAUGUGGGCACCUGGCUUAAACUGCAGAGCUAAAUGUAAUCUAUGCACUGUGGCAGAUAACCUGGUCUGUCUUCAACAAUUAUACUUUUAAUUUAAGCUAGUCUUUAGAUUGUUUAGUUGAUAUACUAGAUGAGGGAGUGAACAUGUCCAUAUGGAAGCUGUCAGUUAUGUCAGUGAUUAAUCAUAUGUGAAUUUUAAUUGGGAAAUAAUUUUGGAUUGCAUUCCCAAAACAAGUGAAUAGUAAUAAAUACAUUUUGAUUAUCUCCACUUUUUGAGCAGACUAAAGACAUGCUUAAUGAGGUUUUUUCACUCCACAUCAAGAUUUUACUCACCUACCUCUACUGAUCAUCCAGUUCCAUCGGUCAAUCCUGCUGUCGGGUAUUUUUCACACUUAUCAGGGCUAAUACAGUCAAGUACACAGUCAUUAAAUGAUCAGUUAAUGGAAUUUAAAACUACACAAACACAUAGGUGGCCACCAUUUUGCUUGUAUUUAUCUUAAGGCCAGAUUUUCUUUUCACAAGAUGUACCCACUGAUACCAUGAUUGGUGCAGAGAUGGUGGGUCACGGGACAGAUUGUUCUGUACAGAGAUGGUGGGUCACGGGACAGAUUGUUGUGUGCAGAGAUGGUGGGUCAUGGGACAGAUUGUUGUGUACAGAGAUGGUGGGUCACGGGACAGACUGUUGUGUACAAAGAUGGUGGGUCACGGGACAGAUUGUUGUUUACAGAGAUGGUGGGUCACGGGACAGACUGUUGUGUACAGUGAGGGUGGGUCACGGGUCAGAUUGUUGUGUACAGAGAUGGUGAGCCAUGGGUCAGAUUGUUGUGUGCAGAGAUGGUGGGUCACGGGACAGAUUGUUGUGUGCAGAGAUGGUGGGUCACGGGACAGAUUGUUGUGUACAGAGAUGGUGGGUCACGGGACAGAUUGUUGUGUACAGAGAUGGUGGGCCACGGAUCAGAUUGUUGUGUACAGAGAUGGUGGGUCACGGGACAGAUUGUUGUGUGCAGAGACGGUGGGUCACGGGACAGAUUGUUGUGUACAGAGAUGGUGGAUCAUGGGACAGAUUGUUGUGUGCAGAGAUGGUGGGUCACGGGACAGACUGUUGUGUACAGUGAGGGUGGGUCACGGGUCAGAUUGUUGUGAGCAGAGAUGGUGAGCCACGGGUCAGAUUGUUGUGUGCAGAGAUGGUGGGUCAUGGGACAGAUUGUUGUGUGCAGAGAUGGUGGGUCACUGAAUAGGUUGUUGUGUACAGUGAUGGUGGGUCACAGGACGGGUUGCUGUGCUGUACUGGUGACUAGUUGGAAGAAAACUUGCAUAGUCCAUUUAAAAAAAAGACAAGUGUACCCUCCUCUCUAAUGUUUGGCCAAGUACUAGAAUUUCAAUAAUUGUUUAAUCAUGAGCACAACAUUUAUAUUUGAAGGAAAAUGGUGGUUGUGUUAGUUUAGUUCAGUUGCUAACACUUAGCGAGUGAGAAAAUUAUGGACAAUCACUACUUUAGAACUCUAGUACAUAAUUUAGGCUGACCCAAGUGAUGUUUAUGGAGUUGAUUUUCUCGGUCAAGGCUUUAAGCAAGGUGUUCUGUAAGUCUGCUGAGGUAUGCAUUAAAGACCUGUAUAGCAGUGGACCACAGGCUGAGCUGGCCAACAUUCCUCUCCUUCCUGUGUGUCACACUCAUUCUAAGUUACCCAAAUUGGCUGCUUUUAUUUACCCACAUAUCAAUACAUUACAAGAUAAUUGUAAGUGUGAAGCUCCUUGAGACGUUCAGGAGAUGUAAUUAGGUGCUAUGUGAAUGCAAUUUUUUUUAUUAUUGUAACAUACAAGGUAUUUAUCAAUGUAACUAAUUUGUGUUGCAAGAAUUCUGUGAAUAUGGAUGUAAGCUGGACUUUGUGAAGACUCCAGAGCAUGACUGAGGAAAAAUUUCUUAAUGUUAUUUCAUAAAAUGUAGAAAACAUGGCUUAAAAAUUUUAAAAUUCAUGGUGUGUUCAAGUGCUUGUCUCCAUAAUGGAACUUUUCCUAUCAUAUUGUGGUUCGUUGUGACUAAAGGAUAUCUUUUUUAAAUGGCAAGCAAUGAUUUGCUAAUGAAUUUAUCGAAACCUGUUUGUAAAGUUAUACCAGUGUUAUUUGUAUUUUAAUAUUUUUCAAUGAAAGGUGCGUCACCUAACAAUUGGUGAGAAUUAUUUUUAGUAUGAAUACUCUGUAAAUACAGCAAACUGAUUUAAAAAGCCUGUUUGCUGCAGUGUUUCAUUUGGUUAGAUGAUCGUGUGUGAAUACAGGUGAUGAAGCUUAACAUCUGAUUGGUGAUCACAACUUUUGACUUCUCCACCCUCUUCUCUUUUUUGCUCUGUCUUAAACUUAACUUCUGUUUCCUAUGUUUCAUCCACUUCUGUUCAGUUUUAGUCAUACCUGUUGAUUUCAGAUCCCUAAUGCACUUCCAGCACCAUUCUUGUUAUUCCAUGCCAUGUCCUUAAAAUGAAAAGAUGGCCUAUGGACAUAUUUGACUCGUAAAUGACAGACCUCUGUCCAUUCAAGUAGUUGGGCUGUUGGUGCCAGUCUUUGGGACUGUAGACCCAAGCUUCAGAGACUGGGCUCUUCUGUACAUGUAGUUGAGAUGCUUAUGACUAAACAGUUUGGUAAGAGAAGCAGUC